ACAUAACCUCAUUUGUAUUUUGACGUAAUAAUUCACCAUAGCACAUGAAAAUGAAUAACUUAAAUAUUUUUACACAAGUUGUUAAAUUAUUAAACACAAAAAAUAUUUUAGAGACGAGUACACAAGUUCGAAAAUAUGCGGUACGAAAACGAUUUUAUCGUACAACCGGAAUUCUUCAUAGUGGAGGUGAUAAAUAUGAAAUAACGUUGGAUCAACGAAAAUUAAAAACACCAAAUGGGAAAUUAUUUACUGUGGAUAAUGAGGCAUUGGCUUUGGCUAUUGCAGCAGAAUGGGAUGCCCAAAAAACGAAUAUUGUACCAAGUACAAUGCAUUUAACCGCUUUAUGCAGCACCGUAAUUGAUAAUCCAAAUCAUUUAAAAAAUACUGAUAUUGCGGAUUAUGUAACGAAUUAUAUUGAAACUGAUACGGUUUUGUUUCAAUCAAACGACAGUGAAGAAUUAUACAAAGUACAGGUUCAAGAAUGGGAUCCAAUAAUCGAGUGGUUCAAUAAACGAUACCAAACACAAAUUUUGAAAACACGUUUUAUCGAUGGGCCAGAAUUUAGCGAUAAUGACAAAAACGUGCUACGAAAACAUUUAUUAUCAUACAACUUCUCAUCGUUGAUAGGUUUUAUGUUUGCUGUUGAUACCCUAAAAUCACCAAUUUUAACAUUAGCGUGUGUGGAUCGAUAUCUGACACCCGAGCGAGCAGUACUUCUAACACGAUUGGAAGAAGAAUUUCAGUUAGGUCAUUGGGGUCGUGUUGAAUGGGCACAUGAUUUAAAUCAACAAGAAUUGCAAGCUAGAUUAGCGGCGGCCAUUUUAUUUAUUCAUUUAAACUCAUCUUCUUCUAAAAUACUAUCGAAAUCAGCUGCUAUGCAAUGAUAUAGUUAAUUUUAUUGUCGUUAUUG